AUGAGUGCUCCUUCCGUUAGCGAAAAGGUGACUUAUGUGGGCAAGAAGACUGCAAAGGUAGUUGUGAUCGACAGAGAGAUUGAUCCGGAGCAAUAUGGACAUGGAGAUUACAAGAUUUUUGUGGCGAAUUCGAUAGCGUUCAAUGCGGUUAACUCCCAGACGUUGGAGAAUAUGGUUACAGUAAUUCGGAAGGCUUCAGUCUCUCACCCUAUACCCCAUCGUCAUCAGUUGUCUUCAACAUUAGUGCCUGCGUUAUUUAAAACCGCUCGGGAUGAAAGUAUGAUCGUGAUGAAUAAUAUUUUUCCCUUGUGUGGUGGAACGGUAGAUAUGGAUGGUUGCACGGUAAUGCAAGAGAGCUUGAUAAAUGGGGUGGUAAAACUAGGCGAUCUUCCUACUCCAUUGCCAAUUGGUAUUUUCAACACAAAAACACAUACAUUAGUGGGGCAGAAGAAAACCAAAGAAUGGAAUGCAGAAGUGGCCAUAGAUUUUAUAAAUAGUUUGCCGUAUGAUGGGAAAUUUGUGUUCCUGUUUGUAUCAGAUACAACUGGAAACAUGGUAAAAUGCUGGCCUAUAAUAGAAGAGAAGCUGCCUUGGAUAUCGUGCGCUCCCGACCCUAUGCACGUCAUGAACUUGGUACUAAUGAACGAGGCCACUAUUGAGGAUGCAAGCAACAUAGAAGACACUACUGCUACUGGUGCUACUGUAGGAGACGAUGCCACUAUUGAUGAUGCAAGCAACAUAGAAGACACUAUUGGUGCUACUGCGGGAGACGAGGCCACUAUUGAUGAUGCAAGCAACAUAGAAGACACUACUGGUGCUACUGUGGGAGACGAGGCCAUUAUUGAUGAUACAAGCAACAUAGAAGACGCUGUGCAACAGCCUUUUAUGCCCAUACAAACCC